GUGAGACUGAAUUUUAACACUUGUGUUUAUGGUGCGUAUUUACUUUUUUUAAAUGUCAAACAUACUUGGGGUUAAGAUAAUAAAAUGACAACAGAAGCAGUUCAUAAAUUUUUGGAAUCACGUCACCGGCCAUUCAAUGUCAAUGACAUCGCAUCAAAUCUUCCUGAGGGAACUAAAAAACCGGCUAUCCAACAGUCGUUGGAUAAAUUAGUAAAAGCAGGAAAAGUAUUGGAAAAAACAUACGGUAAAAUAAAAAUAUAUUGUAUUGCUCCGGAUUCAACAAAGGAACCGCAUGAACUGAUUCGCGUUGACAGAGAACUCAAAGCCCACGCGAAUGAACUUGAGACGAAAUUUCAAAGUCUUGAUAGAGAAAUAAAAUCGCGGGAAGCGACUCUGGCAACUUUGAAAGCUACUCCAAGCUUAGAAGAGGCACAGAAAGAGUAUGCGCUCAUUCAGUCACGAGUUGAGCAGCUGGAUAGAAAAUUGAAUGACCUGAUGGCUGCUAAUAAUUCCCAGGACUUGGGAGAGAAGAAGAAAAAAGUACAAAAAAGUUACGAUUUGUAUUCUCGUGAGUAUCAUAAACGUAAAAGACUCUGCACUGAUGUCAUUGAUUCUAUUUUGGAAGGAUACCCGGGCACUAAAAAAGCGCUCUAUGAUGAAAUCGGUAUCGAUUUAAAAAUCGUCGGUUAAUUGAUACAUUUUUUUUUUUUGCAGUCGAAAUCCAUUAACUCGGAUUUCAUUAUCUCGGAACUUCCCCUCAAUCUUGACCAUGCUAUACAUUUGUAUGUGUUUAUAUAUGUUUAUAUUUGCAUCACUCAUGUAUAUGUCAGAACGCAUGCGCCAUAGUUGACUUUUUAAGGGAGAAGGGGCAUCCGUUAACUAGGAAAUUCUAAUAAAUUUCCGGUCCUCCGUAGACUAAUUGUCCGAGUUAAUGGAAUUCGACUGCACUGAAUAUAAAAAAAUAUUUUUUAUACCAUAGAAUUAGUGUUCUGUUGUACCUGGAGACUGUAAAUAUAACAAUAGUAAUAAAAUAAUUAUUUAUUGC